CCCAUACUUCCUAGUGUGAACUCGACUCUUCUCGUUUCCCGGUACGAUUUGCACGCGUCCGACAAAGAGUUUUGAAAAAAGAAGCGAAAUAUCUGUUAAUGUAAAGUAUAAAGUUAUGUAAUACACCGCGCUGUGCUUUUGCGCCUCGCUGUGUAUUGACAGUGCUCACAGAGGUGGGACUAAUACAGCUGGGUGAGUGGCAGGCUACCACGCUGACAAAAAAAUAAAAACUUACUGGGGAACCGCUGUAUGUAAGAAAGCGUCAGAGAAAUAUGUCUCCUCCACGGCUAACAGGUGCGCUGCGUUCCUUCUCCACUGUGAGCAAAAAGGAGGACUUCAACGAACAGCUAUACGACGUAAAGACGAAACGUCUGAAGCGGCAAGAGCUGUUUGCCAAAGAAGGCCUGACAUGGCAGAAGAUUACCCAUUUCUGCACUGAGCGUCAGGAAAAAACUACGCAUCAAGCUGUCAGUCAGGAACUGAAGAACCUUCUUCUGGCGGCCAAACAGAUUGUGGGAAGUGAGCAUAGUCACGAGAUCAUAGAAAGUGCUGCUGUCUUCCUGUUUGAGAUCUUCCACAACAAGGAUCAUGUGGGCACAGAGCAGAUCCGAGCCCUUAAACAGAUGUUUGGUCCAUUUCCAUCAUCUGCAGCUGAUGCUUCCUGUGCCUGUGUGGCUCGGCUUUUGGCUCCACUUGAAGACUCUAGAGUUGACGAAUUUAUUAAUACACAAAGUCACAGCACUCAGCGAGGGUCUUUUUUUGGACGCAAUAUUGUAUUUUCAUUUGAUAGCUACACAGUGGACCCACUGGAAGACCUUCCCUGGUCUGAUCUCCAAGAUGAAAACAGGAGUCUUGACUUUUUGAACUUCCUCAACAACCAAAAGAAUGGGAAGAAGGCCACCACAGAGGAAGACACAUCCAGCACAGCAAGAUCUUUGAGUUCUGGGAGUGAAACAAUCCUUAGAACCGAAGUAGAGAAGUAUUUGGACAGAGGCAAUAUGAUAUCAUCUAGUCCAGAGGAGCUCUGCACCUCCCUGUUCGAGAUGCUGGCCUCCCACAAGAGUGAUGAUGAGCUUCAGAAUGAGCUGUUUGAGCUGCUGGGCCCAGAGGAACUAGAAAUGAUCUCCACCCUGCUGCAGCAACGGGUGGCUAUUGUCAACUCCCUGCUCACUAUCCCAUCUGACAGGACCAGCUAUCCACCAGAUUUGAACCAGAAAAUCAGCAGUGAAAUGACAAUGCCCACCUAUGGGUGCCAGGUGAUCAUACAGUCAGAGCAGGAAAAGCAGCUGAUGAAGAUAUACCGCAGGGAGGAGAAGAGAGAGAAGAAGAGGGGCAAAGGAACAGAUGACGGCGACUACUUGGAUCCUGUCAUGACCUUUAAUCCCAAAGAACUUAGAGCCCACAGGGAGCAGGCCCUGCUGACUGCAAAACAUGAACCUUUACUGAGCAGAGAUCGAGUGUAUGAACGCAUUCGAUAUCCAAAUGUCUAUGAUAGCUAUGCAGAAGCUACUAAGUCACCCGCGUUUGUUGGAGGAUCUAGGAUGCUGCUUCCUGAGGGAAUCCGCAGAGACAACAAUAAGAUGUAUGAAGAGGUAGAAAUCCCACUAAAUGAACCCAUGCCUAUUGGCUUUAAAGAAAAACCAGUCUACAUCUCUGAACUAGAUGAGGUAGGAAUCCACUGUGUACAAUUUGUUUUGGUGUAUGUUUGUGACAUCUUGGUGGGUGGGUGUACUGUACAGGUGCGGGUCAUAUAGUUAGAAUAUUCUCAAAAAGUGGAUUUAUUUCACUAAUUCUAUUCAAAAAGUGAAACUUUUUAAUUAUAUUCAGUCAUUAAACACAGACGGAUAUAAUUGUAGCAGAUUCAAUUUAAUAAUUUAGUAUUAAUGCAGAAACAUUAAUAUUCCUCGAAAUAGGGGCACCAGGUUUGUUUUAAAGCUGAAACCACGCUUGUAUUAAUCUAGUCAACACCAGAUGUCAAUUUAAGGAGUUACUAGUUAUGAACAACAAUAACUUUCUUGUAAUGAAACCAAAUCAGUCUCUAUUGUCGUGAAUUCUUGUUGCAGUUCAGUGACCUCUGCCUAAGUCUGAAAAACAAUGCACACAAAACUUUUUUAACAUUUUAUUAAUCUGAUACUACUGGAUAUAGGAAUAAAAUAUGACAAUACUUACUUACUUAAGCAGAACAAGAAAUCAGCAAACAAUGACCAUGAAAUAAUCAGCAAUGCAUGAAUAGAGAAAAGAAUGAUGGUGAAUGAGGGUGUGUGUGAUGAAAGUUUUAUAUGAUGUUAAUGGCAAAUAAUGAACAUGUGGUAAACACAAUCACAGACCCACAUUACCGGUUUGGUUGAACAAAGCAUGCCCUCUCUGAUCCAGGUGCCACAGCCUCUGGGCCAGGAAUUGUCGCCUGUGGUGAUGAUGAUGGCUUGGGGUCAGCAAAGUUACAGCCGGCCAGCCAGGUUAAAUGGUCAGGGUCCAAGGUGUCUCAAAGUGGCACCCCUACUUAAAUCAGCCCAAAAGAAAAACUGGCUUUAAUAAAAUUUAACUAAUUCAAUCAAAAUAGUAAGUAAAAUAAGGACUGUUAAUUCUAGUUCAGAUUCAGUUUCGUUGAAGUUUCUUGAUGAUUUCUAAAGUAAAGAAAAGAAAGAAAAGAAAGGAAAGAUAGAGGGAAUUCCUAAAAGUACUAGAAGACAUAGUAGUAGAAGAAGAGUUUCCACUAGGGCGUCACUGGUUAAAAUACCCCAGAGGCAGUGGUCACUUCAGGGUGGAGAAAUUAGUUCAACCAGUGGAGAAGAGUUCCGCCUCUUCAGAUCAGUUAUCAAACUAUUUGAUUUGGUUUAAUCCUAAAUUUGGCAUAACUAAGCUUUUUUCUUUUCAUCAAGCCUAAAGUUCCAUCACACCAUAACACAAUACUCAUCUAAUGAAUACUUUGACACUCAAAUUAGCAGAGAAAUCAGAAUGCCUAAAUGGAAAAAUAAAUGCAUAGAUUAUUAAGGCUUUAUAUUGUAUGUGGUCCUUUAAAACGCUGUAACAAAAUUAUUUUACGAUGAAUGCUCUUGUCACUGUGUAACACAAAGUAAACAAUAAAAACAUACACAAAUAAUAAUUGCAAGCAACAUCAAAUUAUAAAUUGCUUAAUCUAAAUAUUACUAAUUAAACUAUUGUAACAUUGACUUAAAAUGCAAUAUGUCAUAUAUUUAUACACCGAAUACAAUAGUAUCACUCUCAUGCCUUUUGAAAGUUGUGGUGCAUCUAAACCUGUGUUCAAAUAAAGAGUUUUGGUCUGGUGAGAUUUAGGUUGUGUCAUCUAAAAGUGUCUUUUGAUGGUCUUUUGAUGUCGCACUUAGCCAUAUGUGUGUUUUUUAUGUUAAACUCACAGUUCUGUUGUGAGAGGAAACAGAGUCCUGUGGAAUAGGCAACCAUUUUGUGUAUUCUUAUAUUCCAGUGAAUCGUAGCUUUGUCUCUAUGGAAGGGAGUGAAGCUUACACAUGGUGUUAAGUUACCUAGGUCCAGAUGUGGAUUGCUAGUGUACAUAUUUCAAAUGUUUAUUUCUUUUAACUGUGAUAAUUAUAACUGAAAACUUAUGAAAACCCCAAAUUCAGUAUCUCAAAGUUAGAAUAGAAAAAACUGAUAAAGAUCUUAAAGUAAAUAACAUAGGUUGAUUUUGUCUGUGUUAUUUAGGUAUAAACCACUCUCGCAUAAUAUUUAUAUAACACAUUGUAUCCGAACAUUCGAGUUUAUAUGUUUUUAAAUUUUAAGCAAAACGUGAAAGCUAUGCCUACUGUAUAUAGGCUAUAAAAGGGAGGAUCAGGUACAAAAAUAUAAUAGUCUAAUUCCAGGGGUGAGAUUUGUUUCAAUCAUGUCACUCUAAACCUAGCAAUGGGUUCCCUUUCCAGUGGCAAACGGAAUGUGUUUGUAUUUGAAGUACAUGUGUGUGAACCACAGGACUUGUCUUUAUGUCUGUCUGACUAUUGGGAGAGUUUGCUGUGUGUGUACGGUCUCUGUUAUCCUCUAUCUCAGGGAACAGAGGAGAAGGAGGUGGACUAAGGCUGUAAUAGCUGGUGACUGAUGUUACUUCUUAAUGAAAGUGUUGUAGCUCUUAGCAGGCUGUCAGCCGAACAAUGACCCAUCAGUCUGGCUGACAACUUGACUGACAAACGCACCCACACAUACACACUCAUACUGGUACACACAUUUCCCCUGACCUUCCCUGCACUUUUUUUGCCACCACUGGUGCAAUGCAGCAACAUGUUGCAGCAACAUGGGUUCCGUCAGCCUCUGGGGAAGGUAAUUGGAAGUUAAUACUGGAAACAGAUGAAUAGACAAUUUCAUUUGGUCAAGAAUAGUCUUUUUCUUGUUUGUUUUUUAUCAAUUUAGUGUGAGAUGAAAAUAUGGCAAAAGAUCAGGAGAGGGACUCAACUUAGGCCUCUUUGUUCAGUGAGGACUUUAUUCUGAAAAACAGAUGUAGCUGUUAGAUAAUGAGAACAUAAAAGGGUGAACCACUCAAAAUAUUAUUACAACAAAUGACCUACAAGUGAUCCGUGAAUACAAACUACUACUCAUAGAACAGACUGAGGGAUGAGAGAAUUUCGUACACUAUACUACUAUACUUCGACUAGAACAACUAAGUCAAAGUUCGUGGCAAGAGUUGAAAAUUAUUGUGCACAACAACUCUGGUGCAAAGUUAGUACACUCUUGUUGUUGUUACUAGCAGGAUCAGUUGAGAAAUCUACUGUAGACUUUGGGUAUUAUUUUGUUAUUCAUCUACUCUGAAAGAGUUUUGAGAUUGUAUCUGUCUUCAGGGAUUUCAUUUGCUGGAUUGGUAGAAAAACCACGAUGCUUUUGAUUUUUCUGUACAAGAUCAUUGAUUAUUUUUUUGAUACUGUCCGUCAUUUAGCUAUUAUCGAGUUGCUGCCUGUCACUUACCUGUAAGUAAACCUAUGAAAUCUGAAUAGAAACUGAAGUAGAUUCUGUGAGCCUCUUCUGUCUCUUAUUUUCUAAGAGGCUUAUAUUUUUGUUUUUCUCUAGCUCAGUUUUCCCUUUUUAUUUUUGAAAGUUCUUGUGUAACUGAUAUAGAUUGAUGUGAAACCUCUUCUGCUGAGCGAUCUGAAUUAGCCUCAGUCAAGCAGCGGUUCUAUUCAUUAACUAAGCCUGGGCAACUCUGGAACAAAGUGCUCCGCUCCUCUAAAUUGCCAGCACACAAUGCCUAAUAAGUCUUUACGUGCUAUUAGGAAGGCUUUUAAAGGCAGGCUGAAAAGUCUGAUGCCCCCCCCCCCUUUUCAGUUUAAACUGAGUCCCGAUUGUUAUUCAUUGAAAGCUGUAAUGGAAGCAGGGCUAUGUGACCCUCGGCAAACCUUUGAUAGCUCUGUGAAACAUUAAAAGUAAGGAAUUAUUAGUGUGCUUUUUAACUAAUGAAUUAGGGUUUAGGCAUCCCAUACUCGGACCUGUGCUAAAAGCCUGCCUAAUUUAUCUGAAUCAAUGUAGCACUGACUGUGUUGUGAGUGAGAGCAAAUGCCAAUGUCUGGUUGUGCUUAUGGACUUAACAUGCACAGAGCAUAAACACUGCUGCUCCUAUUUCAAUGUACAGUACCUCACAGCCGAAUGCAUAUUUAAAGUACAGACAGAAGUCCCCAAAGCACAUAUGACUGCUUUACCUAUGAAUAAGAAUAAGAACACCUUUUAAUUGUCCUGAAAUCUUGUCUCACAAAACAUCACAAAAAGCACAUUACAGAUUGAAAAUACAGCAACAGAAGUAAGUUCAGUUGGCACAGUACAACACUGUGGAGUGGGGGUAGAAUAUGGAGUCAUGAGAAGGAUUAUUGCGUAUUAUAUAAAUAUUGCACAGGUUUACGCAAAUAUUGCACAACAACGCAACAAGAACAAAGGCUAACAGAUCGACUUAAACAACUACUGCUAGCAAUUCAACCACUAACAAGCUGUGGUGAAAUGAUUUGGAAGACCUAUCCAUAUCUAUUUAUUUAGGUUAUGUACUUAUGUAUGUCACUAGUUCAAUUUGUGACUUUAGGUUAUUAUAAAACUGCAUAUGCCUGCAGAAGAAGAAGAAUCUAAUUUUUUUUUUUGUUGUUUUGUUUGCAAGUCAUUGAGUGUGUGUAGCAGUUGGAAUGAGCUGACGGAGCACAGAGAGAGACAUGCAGAAAAAUACAGUCUUAGUGCAAACUGUCUGAAUUGAGUAAACAAAUGUUGAAAGCUGAAAUGUUGAAAUAACUGAGGCUAUUUAGCAUGUAUGGGACACUUUAGUUUCGGUUUUAAUCACAUUUUCAAAAAAGAGCCAUAUUACUUCCUAUAGUAAUCUCUCACUAUAGGAACAUCUCUCUUUCAUGCAAUGUCUCUUGGACAGUGUUUGUCAAGUGCUAAAAAGCAGAGUAUUAAACCUUUUUCAUAUGGCAGAGUAAUAUGUGUUUUCUAGGGAAAAUUUACAGUACCAGGUAAAAACAUGUUCUUUUAAUCCUCUACUCUGAUUUACAUACUGUAAACCAGGUUCCCCAUUUAUGACAUUUAAAUAAGUAAUCUGAGUUCCUCCAGCUUUCACUGUUGUUUUUCUAAUCUUUAUUAUAAUAGUUCUUUCGUCUGCAUCUGACUAGUCCUGCAUACAGUCGUAGAUCUUAAAAGUGUCAGCCUUUUCCACAAUCCGUUUUCAUUAGCUAAAUAAACCAUUAAAUAAACCAUUAAUGAAGAAGAGUAUAUAUAUUUUAUAUAUACCCCUCUUGUUAAAGCAAAGCUGUCCAUCACAAUAUGGCAUUUGGCGUAAUAUAUGCUGCUUGUUAAACUGCUGGACAGAACAAAAAAAAAAAAAAAAAAAGAU